AUGAAAGCUCAAGCCUUAGCAGACCAUCUUGCUGAGAAUCUCAUUGAGGAAGAGUAUGAACCAUUAAAGACAUUUUUUCCAGAUAAAGAGGUGUUCUGUGUUGAUAAAGUCAUUAUAGAUGCUGAUCCAGAACCUUCUCCUACCUUGUCUACUGAUAUCCCUGUUGUUCCCACUUCUGCCCCUUGUCCUUCUGUAGCUCAUUUUGAACCUCCUGCACCUCCUAGAAGAUCUACCAGGUCACACUCUACCCCUAAACAUUCCCAACAGUUUGUGUGUGACCUUCCCCCAUCUCUUUGUGGCUCUAGUCUAGCUUCCUCUUGCUCUAAUCACUUUACUACUAAUGCAACAACUGAACCUCACUAUUACAAACAAGCUGCAUGUAUUCCUGCCUGGCAGGAGGCCAUGACCAAGGAAUUUGAGGCCCUUCAGGCCAAUAAUACCUGGUCAGUUGUGCCUUUGCCCUCUGCUAUUAAAAGAGGUUGGCAUUUAUUUCAACUUGAUAUUAAUAAUACCUUUUUGCAUGGUGAUUUGGAAGAGGAGGUCUAUAUGAGACUUCCCCCUGGUUUACAUGUUGACUGUCCCUCUGAUUCUCCUCAUUUGGUUUGCCAUCUCCGAAAAUCACUUUAUGGCUUGAGCCAAGCUUCACGGCAAUGGUACGCUAAGCUUUCGCAAGCUGUUUACUCCAGGGGUUACUCUCACUCCCUCAAUGACUAUUCUUUGUUCAUUAAGAGGACUACCUCUUCUAUUGUCAUUUUUGCGGUUUAUGUUGAUGAUAUAAUAUUGUCUGGGGACAAUAUGGAUGAAAUUUCUGCUCUCAAGUCCUUUCUUGGUUCUCAAUUUCGAAUAAAAAAUUUGGGCAUACUUAGCUAUUUUUUGGGGAUUGAGGUGUUUUACUCUAACUCUGGUUUGUUGUUGCAUCUUUCUUCAGAUAAUCUCUCAUGGUGUCGAUACUUUUACAGGAAAAGCUAA